CGUAUAUCUACAUAUACACACACACACGAACCAAACCCUACAACCCAUUUUCAAAAGAAGGAAACUUUGUUCAAUAUGGCUUAUAACAAGCAAAGAAACGUCACUAAGUCGUCGAAGAGGAAGAUCAAUGGGAUUGUGAAGCUCAAGAAUGUUCUAGAGAGGCUGGUGCAGAAGAGCUUGUUACUAACACAAAAACAAGAGCAUGAGGACGGGGUGGUUCGCGGUUACGUGCCACGAGAUGUGAAGGAAGGGCAUUUCGCAGUGAUUGCGGUCGAUGAGUACGAGCCAAGGCAGAGAUUCGUUGUCCCGCUGGCGUUUCUAGAGAAUCCGGUGUUCUUGAGGCUUCUGGAACAGGCUGCUGAAGAGUAUGGUUUCGAUCACAAUGGAGCUCUCAUGGUGCCUUGUCGACCAAGCGAGCUCCGGAUGAUCUUGUCCGAGCAAUGACAGGUUCACGAAAGGACAUGGACAUGGAUAUGGAUCGAUGUUUGAAAGUGCCGAUGAUCAUGUUAAUAUGAUAUUCAUCGUACAGAGAGUAUCAUUUUGCUGAAAUGUCAAAUUAUGUUUGGACUAUAUUCACUAGUCAAUUAAGGAUGUAAUCAAUAGUUAAUUAAACUGUCUUUUAUAAUUAAAU